GUCUAUUCCACUUCGUCGCGGCCAUGGCUGAGGAGGUGCUGGCUCUGCGAGAGCAGCUGUUGGCCGAUACCACCUGCCCGUUGUGCCUGGAUGUGUUCGAGCAGCCCGUGGUCACGGCGUGCGGGCACAGCUUCUGCGGGCAGUGCCUGGCGGCCGUGCUGGGGGACCCCCCGCGCCCCGCCGCCUGCCCGCAGUGCCGCGCCCCGCUGGAGCCGGGCUCGCAGCACCCCAACCGCUUCCUGGGCAACGUGGCCGGGCUGGCCCGGUCCCUGGAGGAGGUGGCGGCGCGGCCGCGGUGCCCCCAGCACGGCAAGGUCCUGGCGCUGUUCUGCGAGCCCUGCGGCGCCCUGCUCUGCGCGCCCUGCCGGGACGGGCCCGAGCACCGCGGGCACCGUGUCCGCCCCGCCGAAGAGGCCACCCCGGAGCUGCAGUCCCUUCUCCAGAAAAACCUCCAAAGAAACCUGCUUUUUCUACAAGAACAGAAGAAAAAAUUGAAUCCCAGAGGAGACCGGAACAGUGAAGACCUGCUGGUGACAGUGAGGUCAGAGCUGCAGCGAGUGGCUGAGAGCUUUGAGGAGCUGCAGCAGUGCCUGGAGGAGCAGAAGGAGAUGCUGCUGGACCAGCUGGUGCAGAUGUCCCAUGAGCUGGUCAAAAAGAUCGAGGAAUACACGCACAGGGUUUUGGAGAGGCAGUCGCUGCUGGACACGGUGAUUGCGCAGAUCCAGGAGAAGCGGGAGCAGCCGGCGGUCGAGUUUUUCAAGGAUGUUGGCACAAUCCUGAGCAGCCGUGAGGCAGCCAUGGCCCCGAUCUCAGUCUCCCCAGAGCUGCAGAAGAGCGUUCAGAGCCUCUCUGAGAGGAGCAACCGAGUCUUGGCCAUGCUGGAUCAAUUCAGAGUGAACGUGUGUCACGAGAUAGACUGGGAAAGGGAGCAGGUGACGCUGGACCCAGAGACGGCGCAUCCUCGCCUGAUCGUCUCAAGGCACCACAAUACUGUCUGGGUAGGAGCUCGAAUACAGAACCUCCCUGACAGCCCCAAGAGGUUUAUGAGCAGCUGCAGCAUCCUGGGCACCCUGGGGUUCACAUCUGGGAGGCAUUACUGGGAAGUGGAGGUUGAGGAAAACGGUGGCUGGGCCGUGGGGGUGGCACUGGAGUCCGUGCCAAGGAAGGAGCCGCUUGACCUGCAAAGAUCUGAGACGGUCUGGGCGCUGCGAAUGGAGUCAAAUAGCCAGUACAGAACAGUCUGCAUGACCCCUGAGGUGCUGGCACUCAGGGAAAAACUCCAGAGAAUCAGGGUCUGCCUGGACUAUGAAAUGGGCCGAGUGACCUUCUAUAACACAAAGGACCUUACACAGAUCUUGCAGUUGGAGGCCACCUUCACUGAGAAAGUCUUCCCGUAUUUUUUGCUCUAUUUAGAACAAACCCAGAUCUGGGUGUGUGACUGACAGGGUGGGAUGGCUGCCGGGCCCCUGCCCGUGCCCUUGGCUGGCUGAGCAGGGAGGAGCUGUGGCAAUGACACUGCAUCCCUCUGGAUACAAUGAUACAAAGACCAGGCCCAAAAGUAUAAACAACAGGGAAUUGAAGAGGGAAAAACAAGGAGGAUGGGACUUCAUAACCUAAAGCUGUUAUUGGUCAAUUAACUCCAAUAUUCAAAUGGAGCAGAACUUAUAAAAGCAUGAGACCACACUUAUAAAGUGUGAGCACUCGUCCAUUUUGUGACCACUUUGGGUCCAUCUUGGGUGUAGCCCUGGCCGGGCUCUUGUGCUGCCCAAGGUGAAUCCAUGGAGGCCUUGUAAUAAAUCCCUGCUUUAUUCUUUGAGAGCCACCAGCUGCUCAUUGCUGUGGGUGGCAGCAUUUUGGGGCUACCUCCUGCUGCUGCUGCUGCUGUGCGGGCGCUUUGGAGCGGGCUGAGAGGGCAGGAGGCACCGGGAGAGGCGCCGGAGCCGUGCGCUGCG